GGCCUGGAAGGGACCCUAAGGAUCAUCUGGUUCCAAGCUGAGCAGCCUCGCAGCACAGCAGGUUGCUGCGGCCCCUGUCCAAGCUGGCCUUGGAUGUUGGUGGGCAUGGGUUUUGCUGAGGCCUUGUUGCUCCUCUGUGACACCCUCCCUUCAGAAUGGCUUCUGGAUUCCCGAAAAAGACACCGACACCUCGUCUUUUGCUGAGGGAAAGACUGCAGCCUAGCACUCUGCUUCCCUCUAAGUUCCAGCAGGAGAAGUUUCUCAGCACAAAGAAGGAGGCCAGCACUGGGGGGAGUAUUCUGCCCAGAAUUGGCCCAUGGAUAGACCUGAGCAAGAAUGGUCCAAAGCUGCCGUCAGCUGCCCCGAAACAGAGCUUGUUUCAGGUUUCCCCACCAGAGAUGGUGUUUCAGAACUUCGUGGCUCGGGAGGUCUCUGAAAUGGUGCUGUCUGUGACGAAUAAGGACAAGAUUCCUCGGCUGGUGAAGGUGUGCAUGGAGAGCUGCCCUUAUUUCCAGCUGGCGUGCCCCAGGGGUGUGUACCACACGGUGCCAGCAGGCGCCUCUGCCCCGUGCGCAUCCACUUCAGCCCCUAGGAGAACAAGGAUUAUUCCCACGAGCUCACCUGCAUCACUACAAGGGGAAGGAUAGUGGUGCCAAUUCGGGCCAUUGCUGCCCGAGCUGUCCUGGACUUCCCUGAGCAGCUGGACUUCUCCAGGUGUCCAGUCAAGAGCAGCAGCCAGAAGACUCUGCUGCUCCACAACUCUGGGAACCUGGAAGCUCGUUUCCAGCUGAGCACCCAGAGGCAGAGUCUUUUUGGGCAGUCACAGAGAGAGCUGUGCCUGGAAAAAUUAAUGGAGGAGAAAGAAACAGGGAAGGAGAAGGGCUCUUGUGAAGAUCGUGCUGCCCUCCUGAGAGCCUCGGGGGAGAUGGCAAAGGUGCACCAGGACCCCAUGUUCUCUGAUGACGUUUCUUUCAUUAAGCCAAUGGAGGGAGAAAUCGAGCCGGAUGGUUUGGCCAAAAUUAAGAUGACUUUCAAACCCCUGGAAGCAGUGGAGUAUCAAAGUGUGGCUUGUUGCAGCAUCUCAGGCCGUGAGAGCAGGCUGCCCCUGCACCUCAGAGGGGAAGGCCAAGGACCCUUGGUUGAGCUCAGCUGUGACACUCUGGACCUUGGGGACAUUUUUGUCAAUACCCCCCAUGUCUGUGAGGUGAACCUGAUCAACCAAGGAGCUCUUGAUGCUCCCUUCAGCUACAUCCCUUCGGCCACAAAGGUGGGCUUGGGCUUCAAGUUGGCACCCCAGGAGGGCAUCAUUGCAGCAGGUGGGAGCCAGACUCUCCAGAUCUCCUUCAGUGCCACCGUGUUGGGGAGGUUUGAGGAAGAAUUCCGGUUCAGUCUGGCUGGAUCUCCUACGCCUGCCAUCCUGACCAUCAAGGGCAGCGUCACUGGACCCAGUUUGCACUUCGACCUCCCUGAGCUCGACUUUGGGGACAUCUCCUUUGGCUUUCCCUACACCCAGCGCUGCCGGCUCACUAACAGCUCCCCGGUGCCCGUGACGUUCCAGCUCCGCAUGUCGUUCGAUGGCACGCAGCCGGCCGUGGACAGCGUCGAUCAGAUCCGCUGCCACAGUGACCCAGCCUGGAGGAAGGGCAUUCACUUGUAUGUGGAGCCCCGGGAGUUUACAAUCACUCCCAGCCGAGGGACCAUCCUGCCCCAGGGACACCAGGACAUCCAGGUGACCCUGUGUUCCAACUCGGUGAUGGAGUUCUACAGGAAGAUGCUGGUGGAUCUGGAGGGUUUUGGCAAGGGAGUGGCAUCAUUGGUCAUCACAGCCAGAUGUCUCGUUCCCAAGCUGCAAGUGUCCCCCCACGUGCUGCAGUAUGAUGAGUGCCUCCUGAAGGUGCCAUAUGAGAAGAAGUUCCUGAUUAGGAAUCCCAGCCACCUGCCUGGCUGCUACGGGCUCAUUGAACAGAAACGCAAGGAGGACGCUGCUGUGCUCUACUCCAGCCCCAGGCCCUGUGGGAUUGUCCAGCCUCACAGCACUGCAGAGAUCCCAGUGCUGGUGGAAGUGCAGGCGCUGGGCACGCAUCAAACCCACUGGUGA